AUGUCGUCUCGACACGACUGGACCAGAGGAACCCACGCGUCGACCGGCGCGGGCGGGACCCGACCGACCACCGACUGGACAAGUGGACCCAAUCGCGUCGAGACGCAGCGCUCGGAGCACAAGAGAGCAGCACUGGGCGACGUGGACGAAGACGAGCCGGAGGACGAAGACGCGCGUUCGUCUGCAAGCGAUAGCGAAGAUGUCGUGGACUUUACCGCCAUCACAGCGCGACUGGGUGGAUCUGCGAACAGGCAUCGCCGCUCGGUCGUGUCGUCGUUUGUGCCAGCGCCUCAUGAACAGUGGACGCCUCCUGUUUACGUCAAGAGCAAAGGACAUGCCGAGUCCAUUCGUCGCUCGAUCCGACGCAAUCUGCUCUUUGCAACUAUCCCACAAGAUACGAUGCAGGUGCUCGUGAACGCUAUGAAGUAUGUUGCUGUGGACGCAGGAGUGAACGUUGUGGCGCAAGGCGACGUGGCUGGAGACACGUUUUAUAUCGUGGCAAGCGGUGUCUGCGAUGUGGUAGUGGACGACCGGGUCGUAGGGGACGUGUGUGCGACGUCUACGCGUAACUUCUUUGGCGAGCUGGCGCUGCUGUACGACUCGCCCAGAGCUGCGACCGUGCGGGCCAGGACCCGUGUUGAGUGCUGGACACUGGAUCGGAGGACGUUCAAGUGCGUGCUUAUGGCGACAACGAUGCAACAACGCGCCCUUUACCUCGACUUUUUGGGCCAAGUGCCGAUCUUUUCAACGCUGUCGAGCUAUGAGAAGAUGACAGUGGCAGAUGCGUUGCGCGAAGCGUUUGUCGAGUCGGGAGACAUCAUCCUCACCGAGGGGUCUACAGGGGACGAUUUCUACAUUAUUGCACAUGGCGAGGUCAAGUGCACCCGUCGAGGCGAGGAAGUGUUGGCGAGACUUGCAGCUGGCGACUUUUUCGGCGAACUUGCGCUUAUCCACGAUGACGUGCGCCAGGCCACGGUCACUGCUGUGCGCAAGACCAAGCUCCUCGUACUGGACCGAGCCACGUUCAAACGCUUGUUGGGUCCCAUGCAAGAGCACUUGCGAAAGCGUGCCGAUCUCUACGAGCUAUACAUGAACGCACCAAGAUCACGUGCCUCGGUCAAGCCGGAAGCAAUCGCUGACGUGGAUUGCGUGGGUACGCGUGAUAAUUCGUCUUUGCUGCUGGAUGCCUCCUAA